UUGAAAGGGGGAGAGAGAGAGAGAGAGAGAGAACAAGAGGGACAGCAUGUGAAGGUGAAUACACUGUACGUGUUUGUCUGUGUGUUUCCUUUUGUCUGCGUAUUUGUGUGUGUGUGUGUGUGUGUGUCUGUGCACGUGAGAGGGUGUCAGACAGCUGGAAGUCAGAACCAUCAUAUGCCCAUACUGGAUAAGCAUUAAAGAAGACGACAAAUUCCCUUAAGGGCACAGCCACAGACUACGGCCUCCUAUCUGUGACUGAUUGUUUCCGUGGUGGGUUGGUGCACCUGCCCGCCUGGUAAAUGCCCACCUGGAGCCGUCGUCGUCAUGAGGUCUGCCAUAGUCUCUGUGACAGGGGACAAUACCUCGGAGUCGGACUGUACCCUUGACCUGGCCGACUGGGACCACAACAUCGAGCAGCUGUACACCUGGCUCUACACCAUCAUCCUCUUCCCUGGCCUGCUGUGCAACAGUGUGGCCCUCUGGGUCCUGUGUCGCUUCAUAAGGAAAAAGACCAAGGCGGUGAUCUUCAUGAUCAACCUGGCGGUGGCCGACCUCCUCCACGUGCUCUCCCUGCCGCUCCGCAUCUACUACUACUUCACGCACACCUGGCCCUUCGGCCACGCCCUCUGCCUGCUGUGCUUCUACCUGAAGUACCUCAACAUGUACGCCAGCAUCGCCUUCCUCGUCUGCAUCAGCAUACAGCGCUGCGCCUUCCUCAUGCACCCCUUCUGCGCCAAGGGCUGGAAGCGGCGCUACGACGUGCGCAUCAGCGCCACCGUGUGGCUGGUGGUGGGACUGUGCUGCUUGCCCUUCAUACUCAUGAGGAGUGACGGCACCAGUGCCAGCAGCAGUGCCAGCAGCAGUAGCCUAUAUAAUGCCGGCAACAGCAAUGCCAGCUCUACAAACACCGCCCUGCCACUGCAGCAGGGCGUGUCCGGUCAUGCACUGUACACAAACGGACACUCUCAUGUCUCCUCUCAUGGGCACGGCGGGGGCAGCAACGGCUCCAACUGCUUCAAGGACCUGCCCAUGCGGAAGCUGGAUCUUCGCGUGGCGGCGCCCAUGAUCGCCUUCGCCGAGUUCCUGGGUUUCGUGCUGCCGCUGACGGUGAUCCUGGUGUGCUCGUGCCUCAUCCGGCGCUCGCUGCGCAAGGCCGAGCAGCACGCGGGCGACAACCGGCGGGCGCUGCGUAUGGUGCUGGUGUGCACGGGCGUCUUCCUGGUCUGCUUCGCGCCGUACCAUGUCAACUUCCUGCUCUACAUGAUGGCCUCGCAGGGCUUGGUGACGAACUGCGACGUGGUGGUGGCCGUGCGGCGCUUCCACCCGGUGACGCUGUGCAUCGCCAGCCUCAACUGCUGCCUCAACCCGCUCAUAUACUACUUCCUGACGGCCGAGUUCCGCGAGCAGCUGGCGCGGCGCAGUAGCUCCGUGCUCAGGGGGCGGCUCAUGAGCUUCGAGAGUGGAUCCUCCACCAGGGACUAGAAUCUUUAUUGCAGAUUAUACUAGCCUGACUAUGGCGGCGUCAAGUCUCAGGUAGGCUACGGGCUGGACCAGGCUGAGUAAACAUAUGAUAGUCUAUGCUACUCACCCAAAGGCUCCUUCAUGCCCUAUGUGUGAAACAAAUAUGAAUAUAGUACUUCUGAGUGUUUUACAUAUCCCAUUGCUUUGAGAGAGGCUCCUCCAUAAAGAACUUGUCAUGUAUACAAACAUGCCAACCCCCCUAGUUCGGCCCACCUAGGGUCAAUUGGAAUUGUCCCAUGCCAAUAGCCACCUCAGUGGAGGGUGUCUAGAAAGACUAGAGGCCAUCAGACUCACCAGCUUUGAGAGUGGCUC